ACGAAAUUUCGGGCGUUGUACAUAGCAUCUCAUUAACAAAAGAAGCCAUUUCCAUUAUCUUUAUCUUAUAUUCUCCAUAAUUGUUUUUUGAAGUAUAUAUAUUUUUCACGUGUGAAGUUUAUCUCUGGUUGAUCGUUUGUCUAUUUUACGGUGUAGGCAAGUUCUUUGCAUCGACCACGCCGUGAAGAAGGAGCUCGCGGUCUUUGUUCAUUCAUUUGAGCUGCUGGGAUUCUUUGUUGGGAGUGAAAGCAUGGGAGCGCAAAUCGCCAAAAACGGUGCAAAAGAUGAGACUGUUGCUGAAAAAUCUUCUGAGGCCGGCGCUAAAUCAAAUGGGCAGGAAAAUGGCCAUGCGAAAACCAACGGGAAUGCGUCGCCUACAGCAGACGCAGCGGCUGAGGCGCCCCAGGCUAAUGGCAAGCACUCUACAGAUGAGGAAUUAAAGGCGGACGAUGGCGUGAUGGAGAAGAGUGCCUCUGAGGGGGAUGCCCAGAGCGCUCCGGCCGCCAAUGGAGAAAACUCGACUAAGUCGGAAGAGGACGGCUCUGCGUCGGGAAACGCCGAGCCAGCCAAGCAAAAAAAGCGCUUCUCCUUUAAGAAACCGUUCAAACUCGGCGGUUUCUCGUUUAAGAAGAACGCCAAAAAAGAACCCGAGGGCGAACAAACCGCUACGCCUGCGGAGGAAGGAAAGGAGGAGGCCGCAGAAGGGACGUCGGAGGAGGUGAAGCCUGAAGCCUCUGCUGAAGGGGAGAAGGAGGAAGCCCCCCAGGAGCUAAAACCCGACGAGGCGAGUGGCGAUGAGAAAAAGCCGACAGAGGAGGUAGCAGAGGAGAAGGCUGCUGAGGUGGAGGAGCUCACGCCUGCGGAGGGCGCUGAAGCCAAGCCAACUGCUACAGAGUAAUGAGGUUUGCCAGAGGAGCGCUCAAGAGCCUCUUUAACAUGAAGUAAUAAGGAGCACAACCACGGAGUUGAUUUGUACAAGACCAAUGACCUUUCAAAGCUGUCUUAUUACCUGCAAUCACUUUAUCCACUUCUACUCCAUCCAGUAUGUUGCCGUGGAAGCUCCCAAGAAAAGGGUUUUUGAUUGGAAAAUGAAGGGCACCACAGUUCAAUUUCUCCAUAUGUGUUUGUUACAGUAUUGCGUGUGGAUGUGUGCAGUGUGAUGCUGUAUUUUAACUUUUUUUUCCUUCUUCAUAUGUGUAAACCAUUUUAGUGUAUUAAGGAAAUUGAAGUGUUAGAUUAAGUAAUCGGUGCCAUAUGACUUAGGUUUUGCCAGUGUGUGCUAGCAAAAAGGAGCUACCAAAAAGGUGGAUACAGCAUGUGGAUGAUUCACAGAUCAAAUUGUUUGUCUUGUCUGUCAUCACAUGGAAUUGGUGCUCAGAAUUUUACCAGCUGCACUGUUGAAAUAUAGCAGCACUGUGUUGUUGUAUAGGCUUUGUCAUGUCUGUUUUAAAAAAAAAAAGUUGUUUUGGUUUUUUGUUUUUGUUUGUGGGUUUUUUGUUUGUUUUUUUGUUUGUUUUUUUAUAAAACUUGUGAUGGAUGAUUCUUGACUCCCCAAGCAUAAUUCUUUUCUAACAGAAUUGUGAAAUGUAGAUCAAAGAAAGUUGACCUGUGCUGACUGACACUAGUGGUGUGGUUUUUGUUUUUUUGUGUGUUUCUCUAAAAUGCUGUGCAAGCAAGUACAUGGAAAAAUUGCCAGUGCAAUCAAACAGAACAAGGUUUUUUGUAAAUACUCUAGGUCUGUCACUACUUGAUUUUUAAAUGGAAUGUUGACUGCAUACAGAAUAUGAAUUCUAUUCUCAAUGUGUAGGGGCACAAAGCGAAAAUAAAGGAUUUAAAAGAAUUGA